AUGCAGCUCAAGACCCUCUUGGCACCCAUCCUCCUUGCCGAGGCAGCCCUUGCCCAGGGUCUGCCGAUCCGCGUUGUCUCUUUCAACAUCCGAUACGAUGCCGGCUCCCGCGAAUCGGGCGAAAAGCCAUGGUGGGAUCUCUUCUGCGGUAUUUCCAAGGACCGCUGCCGCCAGCCGCACGUUAUCGACGCCCUCAAGAACGCUGCUUCCGCGGCUCCUGCAGACGCCGUCACCGUUAUCGGUCUCCAAGAAGUCCUCGACAACCAGCUGAACGACAUCCAAAACGGACUCGGCUCCGGCUGGGCCCACGUUGGCGUCGGUCGCGACGACGGCAAGAAGAGCGGCGAGUACAGCCCGAUCUUUUACCGCUCCGACGUGUUGAAGUUGGUCCACGACGAGACGAAGUGGCUCUCACCGACCCCGGACCAGGUUUCUAUCGGAUGGGGCGCCGGCAGCAAGCGCGUCGUCACUAUCGCCGUGUUCGAGCACAUCGCGACCGGCAAGAAGUUCAUCCACGCCAACACCCAUCUCGACAACGUCAGUGGUCAGGCCCGCACCGAAGGUAUCAAGGUCGUCGUGUCCAAGAUUCAGAAUGUGCAGACUACCUACGGGCCUCUUGGCGUUUCGCUCACCGGCGACUUCAACUCUGAUCCUAAUGGCGACGCCUACAAGACGCUUUCAGACACGGGAUACAUGGAGGAGCUGUACAACAUGGCAACGCCUGACCAGCGUGCCGGCACAAACCAGAUUACCUACACAUCCUUCGACACCAGCACGCAGGGAAGCCGCAUUGACUUUGUCUGGCUCGGCCCCAAGGAUGCGAAGAAGUACUCCGUUCAACGCUACGAGAUCUUGAACAACAACGUCAACGGCAUGCUCAUCAGUGACCACAGGCCUGUCGUUGGCGAUGUAACGCUUUUGUCAUAA